GAGACUUUGUUUUUCUGAAUACGGGUGGGCAAAUAACACUUGCUAGGAGGAGAGCUUUCGCUUGGGCGAGACUUGACGGAGUUUCAUUUCUGUUUAGAUUUACAAGCUCGGCGGAUGGACAGUGAGGUUCAGAGAGACGGGAGAGUGCUGGAUCUGACCGAUGAUGCGUGGAGGGAAGACCGGCUGCCCUACGAGGAUGUAACGAUUCCCCUGAGUGAACUUCCAGAAGCAGAGCAGGACAAUGGAGGAUCCACAGAGUCAGUCAAAGAGCAAGAAAUGAAGUGGUCUGACUUGGCUCUGCAAAGUUUGCAUGAAAAUACUCCAAGUACUGGGACAUAACUGAUUAGGUGUAAUUUUAUAUCAGCAGGUUUGAAUGCAGGUUGUUGAGUUAUGUCGUGGGUCUGUUUAUUCAUACACUGUUGUUCAAAUAAAACUUUGAGACAUUUUGGCAUUUACAUAUA